GCUGUCCAAUCGUACAUGGCGACGGGCAGGACUUGGGUGUUUCAUAACAACGCCGUGCACUUCAGUAUAAAAUGAGCUCUGAUCGACCUCGUAAACAGAAUGUUUGCCGGGUUCAAUGGAUUGAAACUUGAUCAAAGCGACUUUCUGAAAGGGAGUCUUGCUGACCUUCAAAAUGAAGGGUCUUUUCCUCGUGGAGCCGGUGGUUGCCCUGUACGCUUUCUCCAGUUUUCUCAUCUAUCCUCUUGUUCAGCAAUAUGUGUACCGGAGGCUCUGGCAGCAGGUGACAAACACCACCUACCCCAUCUCUGACAACACCUCCAGAUGUGCAGCAAACAGCAGCAGCAACUAUUCAAGCUACCAUGAGGAGGUACAGAGGCAGGCAUCUAUUUUCUUCCUUUACACAGACCUCUUCUCCACAAUCCCCUCUUUGGUUGUCACACUCUUGCUUGUGGCCUAUAGUGACAAGGGAGGACGAAAGAUCACAAUCAUAAUGCCUUUGAUUGGCACGCUGAUCUACACCUCGGCCUUCCUGACAGUGUCCUUCUUUGAGCUCAACAUUUACUUGCUCAUUGGCUCCUCAAUUCUCACUUCUCUGUUUGGCGGCUUGGGUACAUUUCUGGGGGGCUGUUUUGCCUAUAUAGCAGACUUGUGUGAGGAUGGUCGUGAGAAGACACUGCGCAUGGCUGGACUGGACAUGAUGAUUGGCCUGUUGUCUGGGGUUGCCUCAAUAUCAACCGGCUACUUUCUGAGAGCUGCAGGCUUUAACUGGCCUUUCCUAACAUCUGCGUUAUGCCAGUGUUUGAUCCUAAUCUAUGCCAUUUUCAUCCUAGAAGAGACUGUAAAGAAGGUUCCCACUAAUGCCAUUAUUCUAGAUGGGUCUCCUCAGCGCUCAGCCUUGAAACAAAUGAUCCACAGGGUCUACCAGAUGUUUGCAGGGGCCAGCCGCAAAUACACAACUGUCUUGAUCCUUUUGAUGCUCAUCUUCACCAGCUUCUCCUUUGCAUAUGUGGGUGGGAUCACCUUGAUCACACUAUAUGAGCUUAAUGAGCCACUGUGCUGGACUGAGAUUUUGAUUGGUUACGGCUCAGCACUGUCCACCACUGUGUUCCUGGUCAGUUUUGUGGGAGUUUCAGCAUUCACGUACUGUGGUGUGCCGCAGUUGGUCAUUGUCCUGAUGGGGAUCCUGUCCGUCGUAUCAGGCAUGGUCCUGCUGGCGUUUGCUAAGACCACUUUACUGAUGUUCAUAGUGAGGGUGCCAAUGCUUCUGUCCAUCAUGCCAUUCCCUGUUCUACGCUCCAUGAUGUCAAAGAUCAUCUCAAAGUCUGAGCAGGGAGCCCUGUUUGCCUGUCUUUCCUUUCUGGAGAGUUUAAAUAACAAUGUAUCAAGCGCAGUCUUCAGCAGUGUUUAUGCUGCUACGGUGGCAUGGUACCCUGGGUUCAUCUUCCUGUUGUCUGCAGGACUCUGUGUCAUCCCUUUGUUUCUCCUAGGGGUGGUGGGUCUGAUAGGAGUGGAUGUUGCCGAAGAGGCAAAACGGGCAGAGCCUGACGUCUCAGGGGAGGAGGAUUCUUUUGAAGAUCAGAACGACACCAGUCCUCUUAGCAGAGCCACAUAGACUGCAGAAAUCUCACCAGCACUUAAUAAAUACAAUAUAUAGCCAUUUAUUCUGAUACCUUUCCAAAA